GGGCGAGCACCGGCAGGGCACCGCGCGAUGAUCGCAUCGCUUACUCGCGCGAUGAUUGCGUACCUAUUCGCAUUCUGUUAGGACACCCACUUUUGGUAAUCUCGUGACCAUGCGAUGGUAGCAUCGUUUACUCGCGCGAUAAUUGCAUAGUCGCGUUGUAUUAGGACGACACCUAAGAAAGCUGUUUCAAGUAAAAUAAUAUUUGCCUUGCAUAUAUUAGCGUUUGUUGUUGUUGCAAAAUAUAAAAAGCUGACGUGGGUAGUCUGUGCCCGGAGACGACUCGGGCAACAUGCGGUGUCUAUUGAUAUUUGGGUCUUUGUUUAUAAUAUCGGCAACCUACUGUUUACCAUCGCCAUGUGAGAGUUACACAGAUCGAGACCCAAUUAUCGCAAUAAACGAGCCGCCUGUGAUCCAGUCUCCCACAGAAAAAACUCCUGAUGGGCCUCGAACGGAAACUAUAUCCAACGUUUCUAGAAAUUCAUCACAACUCCACGCGACAUCUGGUGCCAAAAACAAGCAAAAAGUAAAGACAAAACAAAAGAAAGACGGCAGUACCGUCACCAUCAUCGUCGACAAAACUAAGACCAAAAACAAAACAAAAGGACUGACAGAUUCCUUCGACCAGACCAACCACACCAUCAUACAAGGCGGAGUCGAAGAACAAGCUAUUUUAACAAAAGAAAAACAGCAAAGAUUAAAAGAAAUAAGCGUUGCCAAGAACGUCACUCGACAAAAGAUCAUAACGAACCCGGAUGGAACUAUCAAGUCAGACACAGUCAAAACAAAGGCUUCAGAGAAAGAAAAAAAAUCCGUAAAGACUAAAGAAUCGGAGACUUUAGUGCGUACAAAGAAAACAGUGACUACUGAAGCGCCGUGUUUAACAAUCCCGCCGACGCCGACAACGACUACUGAAGCGCCGUGUUUAACAAUCCCGCCGACGCCGACAACGACUACUGAAGCGCCGUGUUUAACAAUCCCGCCGACGCCGACAACGACUACUGAAGCGCCGUGUAUAACACUCCCGCCGAAGCCGCCGUGUGAGACGCCGACAACGACUACUGAAGCGCCGUGUAUAACACUCCCGCCGACGCCGCCGUGUGAGACGCCGACAAAGACUACUGAAGCGCCGUGUUUAACACUCCCGCCGACGCCGCCGUGUGAGAUUCCAACAACGACAACUGAAGCGCUAUGUAUAACCCUCCCGCCGACGCCGCCCUGUUAGACGCCGUCAACGACAAAAUAGAUAGAUAGAUAAAUUUUACAUGUCAUUUUUGCUAGUUGUGUAUUCUAUACUGUACAAUAUAAUUAGGUACAUUAGGUAAUAUCAUACAAUUACACAUUUAAAAAUUGUGUAGAUGGCUCAGUGACUUGUAGUAGUUAACGAAUUUGUCAACACUAUAGCUAAAACACAGCACUAUAUAUAUACUUUUUAUUUUACUAUGAA